AUGAUAGCGGUCCCUCUGGCAGCCACCCUUUUUACGGCCAUAGUAGGGUCAGAACCAAGCAGAACGGUCAAUCCUACGUUGGAGUUUCCUCAUUUAAACAAUGACGUUAGCGUUUAUGGCACUCUGAAGACCAACGGCCUGUCCAGCUGUGAAGGAAAUGGCAGUACGGUUGAAGAAAACAACCACAUCAGCUCACUUCAGUGGUGCAUUUCUCGACGCUGUGUGUACGGAUGCCUUCAGGCUUUUUCUCUGCAAACCACCUGCAGGAGCGUCUUCAGCUCCUCACCCUCAACCCCACGUGGAGGCUACUCCUCGCUCCAUGGCAUCCGUGUUCUUAGCCUGUUGUGGAUCAUAUGUGGCCACUCCACACAGUUCCUGGUCAUUAACAACUUAGACAACUACAAAACUUGGAGGAAAACAGUUGAAAGCAGCCCAUUGUAUAUAAUUACCAUCAGUGGGCCUGUUUUCCUGGCUGUAGACACCUUCUUAUUACUGGGGGGUCUGCUCAGUGCCAGGUCCCUGCUGAAGUCAAUCGACAUGGCUGAAGACAACCUGACCCUCGGUCUGGUUGCAAACUACCUCCUCAAAAGGAUUAAAAGGCACCGUAUUUAACAAUUUGUCAAAACAAUCCAGGAACACGUGCAUGUAUCGGUGCAUUGGGCAAGAUGAACUUCCCUCUUGUCUUUCCGCCUCACAGGAUUCAGCCUCUGCAUCUGUUCACUACAUGUCUAACGAUCAGCCUCAUCUCUUUGGUCUGCUGGGGCCCCUACUGGUUCCCAUUUAUGGAUACAAUGAUGGAUUGUAAAACGUACUGGUGGGCUAACCUACUGCUGAUUAGCAAUCUUCUCCCAGUUCAUGAGAUAUGCACUCCUUGGACCUGGUACUUGUCUUUAGACUUCCAGUGUUACAUCACCACUCCUCUGUUGGUCUAUUUUUACAGACUUAAAAGAAACGUGUUUGCAGCUGUAGUAGGAGGUCUUCUGCUGAUGUCCACUGUGGCCAGUGCUGUCACAACUGCAUACCUGCACUUACCAGUCUUCCAACCAUCUACAAUGACAUCAGAAAACUAUGUUUUGUAUUACUAUGUGAAGCCCUACACAAGGUACGGACCAUUUCUA